AUGGCGGAAGGAAGGAGAGACGAGUCCGUCGCGCCGGGAACCGUCCAGGUUGUUGUUGAAUUGAUUGUUUUUAUCUUCAUUACGCUAGCAACACUUACAGGGAAUUCUUUGGUUGUUAUUUCGGUGAUCAAAUUCCGCCAUCUUCGGACGAACACGAAUUUCAUCUUGCUAAGCUUGGCGUUGACCGACUUGAGUAUGGUGCUUAUAAUGGUGUUGAAUGCAGUUACAACCGUCACAGGAGAGUGGAUUUUUGGAGAGUGGUGUUGCAAAGCGGUCGCUUCUAUUGGUCUAACGCUCUCCUUUAUUUCAAUUCUUCACUUAUGUUUCCUGAGCGUGGAUCGCUACAUCGCUAUUCACAAACCACUUCGUUAUCAAUUCAUUGUCACCAGAAGAAGAGUGAUCACGUUUCUGUCACUGAUUUGGAUGUCCGCUGCCGUUAUUGUAAACAUCCCACUGGCGAAUUUUGAAUUCAGAGCGGAUACCUAUGGAUGCGCUGAUCGCAAGUCCAUUAGGACCAACAAGCCAUCAUCGCCGUAUAUUUUCUUUCUCGUCGCAUUGUUUGUCAUCAUCCCCUUCGCGAUUAUUUUCCUUUCAAACGCCCUCGUAUUUAAAACAGCUUUCAAGCAAGCGAGGCAGUUGAGCCGAGUUGAAAAAAGCCUGAGAGAAUCCUCCGCCGAUAUUUGCGAUCAAGAUGACACACACCCAGUAAAGACAACAGAACCACACUCGCUUAAAAGAGAGAUCAAAUCUGCGCGAACUUUUGCCCUUGUUGUUGGUAUAUUUUUAUUUUGUUAUACACCUUUCUAUACUGCGGGUACUUACAGAAAGAUUGCUGGACCUGUUAAAGUGCCCUCGAUUGUUAUGUUGGUAACGAUGUGGAUUGCUUUUGCCAAUUCGUUUUGUAACCCGAUUGUUUAUGGCUUGAGGUAUGCGCCUUUUCGUAAAUCCUUUAAACAUUUAUGUUCUUGUUGUGGUAAACGCGGAUUCGUUGAGCGACGGAAUUACAGUUGCACCAAUUCUAAUUCUUCUUGGCGACGCGAAAGACAAGAAACAGUUCUGUCGCGUAACUCAGCAGUGUAG